AUGGCAAAGAAUGAAGAUUAUCGCACUUAUUCCCUUUUGUUCUCGGAGUCCGAGUACGAAGACUCAACUGCUCUCGAGAGUGACUUGGACGACCAUAUCGAGUCUGACGCUGUCGACAUCCCUGCUCCUGUUGAGGCUCCAUUGAGGAAGAGUGGAUCAAAGACCAAGUGUUCCUGGUGUCCCAUGCAGUUCACGAGCCCCCAGAAGCUCCAUGAACACCUCGAAAAGAAUCUUCCCUCUCAUCUACGAAAGACUACUGCCGUCAAGAAACUAUCAGCCGCCUCUGCUAGCCAGAGGAACAAGUUCCCUUUCUCGAUCCUCACCGCAGGUCGUUGA